GUAUUUUGUAAUAAACAUCGAAAUCUGACCUUCGUAAACGAGAGAAUAUGUUUUGAAGAAAAAAGCAAUGAGAGGGUCACUAUAGAGAAGGAGAAAAAGGUAGCAGUAUGGGUCCAAACGAAAUGUUUUCGUCGGAGAUUUGUGAUUUAGAAAGUUUCAUUGAUAGUUACGUUGGUCCAGACAUAAAGAGAACUGGGUCUUCUAACUCUGGUUCCCAUGGUAACUGGUCGCGCACACAUUCAUAUGAUGAAAGUCCCAUAGGUUCUUACAGCAAUAACCAACUUGGAGAUAUUGUGACAUCACAAAGUACAGGGGCCGAAGUGUGGGGGAAAAAGUCUGGGGGUGUGCCUUGGUCUAACCAAUCAGCUGGCAGCCAAGUUCGAUUCCCGCAAAAUGAUUGGACGAGUCACAGACCUUCAGUUCAGGAAAGAGGGGGUUACCCUUCACCCCAACCUGACCCCUACGCUGAGUUACAACCACAAUGGCAAAACAUGGCGCCUCCAACAUCGGGUUACAGCCAACAAAGCUAUCAACAGUAUCAAAACUACCGACCCCAAGCAUCUGAUAUGAACCAGAUGCAACCACCACAGUAUGGUUAUGAACCACAGUUCUACCAGGACCAGCAUUUUAUGAAUCAACAACAAGAUCCAAAUGAAAUCCAAGCCAUAGUCAGUGAUUUGAUCCGUCAGAAUAAUAUCAAUCGGCCAAAACAAGGGUUACCUGCAUGGGUGGACACUUCACGACCCCCUCCCCCUCUACCCCAACCCACCCACCAUAUGGAGCCAAGGAUGCAGCAAGAACCCCAACUAUACUACGCACAGAACUUUCAGGAUCAAGAGGAAAUAUUACACAGUAUGACAUUUGAAAGAAGCGGGCAAAAUCCACCAAGGCAGCAACCUACUGAGUUUCAAAUGAGACAACCAAGUGAUAAUAAUGGUGUGUAUAAUGUAAACAGAGGAAAUGGGUUGGGAAAUAUGCAACCUGCAGUAAAUGAACCACAUUCAAGUGACCUUGUGAAAACUGGGAAACAAACAACACAAAAUAAGCAGAAUAAUGAACAAAUAGAAAACAUGGCAGAAAGCAAGAAAUCUGAGACAAAAAGUGGUUUGGUUCGAAGAUUAAGCGAUAAAUAUCCAAACUCUAAGCUUCGUUCAUCAACGGGAAGUGAAUCGAACGACACAUCCAUGGAGAAGUCACCCCUUAAACCCCUGGGCCCUCCUGCACAAACACAAGGUGUUAAUUUCAAUCGUAGGCAACAGCGCAACCACCGGAGGGCACCAAGUAACGAAGUGUUUGAGAGCGAAUACGACGAGGGAUGGAAAACACAGAAUAUUCAAGUUCACAUAAAUAACAAGUUACCUGGUCGUCAUGUCAUUUAUUCUCAGCCACAGAAUCGUCGCAGAUCGAGCGCGGCUGAUGAAGAUAAAGAUUGGAGAAGGAAGAGUGGGGAUUCUCCUGAUAAGGUUGUUCAUAAUGUGAAGCCACCUCAUGAAGGGAGGAUCGAACAAGGACCUGAAUCGCAACAAGACAGAACCAACCAAACACAACGUGGUGGGAAAAAUGAUAAAAAAUCUCAAAAUAAUAAACAGGUGGAACAAAAUACGAGACAGGUGGUGGCAGCACAGAGCAAGUUUAAAGUUCAAUCCUGGAUUGAAGGCUCAAAAUCACAUGACAACACGGCUAGCAAAGAGAUCGAGAAGUUACGCAUCAGUGAUUCUGAGGAUGACUUGCUUCGAUUCAUACAAAUGACACAAAGUUUUGCCACGACUGAAUCGAAAAUGAGAGAAGUUGCCGAUAUACUUUGUAACAAAGCUUUAAAAAAUCCAAAGUUUGGUAAAAACGCAGCGAUUCUAUGCUCUCGGAUGUCUCAUCUAAUGGUACAUGGGACCAAGUUUCGAAGUGUGGUGUUAAGCGUUAUGCAGGGUCAUCAUAAAAACAGGGAUCGGUUAUUUUUAACCUCGCUCCGUGGAGACACCCGGUGGUUUGGAUUUGCAACAUUUCUCGUCGAACUUUUUGUUAUUGUUCGAACUAAAGGUAAAGAGAGGAUGACGGUUCUGGUUGAUCCUGUCUUCUCUACUUUGCUUCAGGUACUUACUGGGGAGAAAUCGACAUCGCAACAGGUUGAUUGUUUCAGGGAUUUGUUCUUUCGGUGUGCACCGGCAUUAGAAGCUGAAAAUCCAACACGCUUCAGUAAUCUUAUGUCGGAAAUCCGAGAUUGUUGCGUUAUUUCGAAAACAAUUCAAAUCCGACAAUCUUUGCUCCAGUGUGUGCACUUCUACGCCACCAAGUGGCAAGUUUGAUGUAACUUUAGUUUCUGUGGGAUGGCAGAGGAGCUUCAUCGAUUGUGUCGCCGGAGAGAUAGUUAGAUGGGGAUUGAGGGAUAUAUAUACAGAGGGUCAUUAAUUUAAGCUGUUUUAUUUGGUUAACUUUGUAAAAGUAUUUUUAACUAUUUAUGAUUAGAUAAAUAAUAUUAAAAGUUACCACAGCAAUCUUUUAUUAAUAUUUUUGCUUGAUUAACAAAAUCUUUUACUUUCGCAUAAUUUGUGCCUUGUAUUUAUCGAUGAAAUUGUUAUGAAAUGCAUGAUACACAUCUAUGGUGGUGGUUUCACAAUAAAGUAA